ACUGUUACAAGAAGAAGAAGAAGAAGAAGACGUCAUUUGUUUCUGCCACACUGCACUUCUGUGAUUCGGCUGAGGAAAGAGUGUCUGAACACGGAGGAAAACCUCCUCCUGAAGCAGCUGAGAUCCACGCGACUCACUAAUAAAUAUGGCAUUUAUUAAAGAGGAGAGUGAAGAUAUAAAGAUUGAAGAAGUCUUCGGAGUCACACAUGAAGAUACUGGGACACAAACAGACCUGAUGGUGCUGAAAGAGGAGAGUGAAGAACUGGAUGAAAAAACAGCCAGAGAUCAACAUGAAGAAAACUGUGACUUCAAAACGGAAGAAUACUCUUCUAGUUGCUCACAGACUGAAAAUACUUCGUCAAAAAAAAGAGCUCGAAAGAAAGCAACCGGAAGUAGUUUCAUCUGCUUUCACUGUGGAAAGACAUUUGAUCAACUAGACAACCUUAAUGUCCACAUGAGAAUUCACACCGGGGAGAAGCCUUACACCUGCAAACAUUGCGGAAAAAAGUUUUAUCAACAAGGAAACCUUAAAGUGCACAUGAGAAUUCACACCGGAGAGAAGCCCUACACCUGCCAACAGUGUGGAAAAAGUUUCAACAAGAAAGGAAACCUUAAAGUCCAUAUGAGAAUUCACACCGGAGAGAGCCCUUUCACCUGCCAGCAAUGUGGAGUCAGUUUCAAUCAAAAAGGAAGCCUUAAAGUCCACAUGAGAACUCACACAGGAGAGAGUCCUUUCACAUGCCAGGAGUGUGGAAAAAGUUUUAUUCGAAAAGCAAGCCUCAGAAGCCACACAAGAAUUCACAAUGGAGAGAAGCCGUACCCCUGCCCACAGUGUGGAAAGAGAUUUGCACAAAAACCCACCCUUAAUGUCCACAUGAGAACCCACACUGGAGAGAAGCCAUUUGUGUGUGCUCAUUGUGGAAAGAGUUUCCGGUAUCAUUUAGGCCUUAAUAACCAUAUGAAGGCUCACUCCGCAGAGCGCCGUUUAAGAUGUCUGUAUUGUGGAGAGAGUUUCACAGACAGGAGACACCUCAAGAAUCAUCUAAUAACUCACACUGGAGAGAAACCUUACGUGUGCCAUUACUGUGGCAAAACGUUCAAAAACAAAACAUCUCAUGAUAGCCACAUGAGAGUUCACACUGGAGAGAAGCCCUUCAGCUGCCCUCAAUGUGGAAAGAGUUUCACACUUAAAGGAAACUUGAACAUUCACAUUAGGAUUCACACCGGAGAGAAGCCUUUCUCAUGUCUUCAGUGCGAGAAGAGCUUCAUGUAUAAAAGAGACCUGAGGCGCCAUUUGCAAACUCAUUCUGAAGAUAAUGUAUAGUGUUUUUCAGUGUGGUACAAGGUUCAGAAAAAGCAAUUUCAAAAUAAUUUAUGUAUUUACUUAAAUGAUUAAUGAAAACCAUUGAUUUUUGAUCCGUGCAAUAAAAAUUAUUUUGCCAUCACACCUGAAAA